GAGUUGAGAUAACACAUUUUGUCGCAAUCGCGGAGGCAAGGUUGCCAAAGGCAUGGCCGUCUCCACUUCGGCGGACGGCUCCCCGUUGCAGAUAUCGCUCGAACGAUUGACCGCAAGUCCAGCUGAAUAUGCCUUCCCGCAGCAAGCUGUGGCUCGAUCUGGGACGUACCUGCAACUUGAGCCUCGGAAAUCUGGGAAUGGGCCUUCUCAUCAGCAUAAGAGGUGUCGCUUUGCUGGACUUGGCUGAGAUAUAUGGAACAAGCAUCGCAAGCAUAUCCUACCUUAUCACCACUUUCGGCGUGGGCAAUCUCAUCGGCUCUCUACUUGGAGGCAAGCUACAUGACACGUACAACACGCAGUUGGUCUCAAUCUUGGCAAUGGCAGCGACCUGCGUCACAGCCACCAUGAUUCCACUCAGUGGCAUCCUAGCAUUGGCACACGUUACCACGUUCCUCUGUGGAAUGAGCGUGGCUGCGUUUGCCACUGGGGCGAACAUCUGGAUCAUCAGGAUGUGGACAGAGAAUAGCAGCCCGGCGCUGCAACUCUUCCACUUGGCCUUUGGUAUUGGCGGUCUCCUGGGUCCGUUCAUCGCGCGGCCUUUCCUGUCCAACAGUGACGGCGGCAACACGACCGCAUCGAACACUACUGACAACCUAUACCUGACCCAGAACAGUAUCGCUUACCCGCCCAUCGACGUGGUAGAGCUGGCCAAUAGCUCCGUCGCUCAAAAUGGCACGGGCGAGUCGAGUGUUUACUACGCAUUCGGCAUCGUCGGUGCAUUUUAUUUAGUUCUGACUGUUUCUAUGAUCGUCCUUUACAUUAUAGACAAUGUGGACUUCAAACCUGCAGUACCUGAAGGCGAGGGCUCCAUGCCAGCUGAGGAACCGCGUAGCCCUGCCCGCUUUACCCGAAUCGUUCUGGCAACAAUGUGCGUCUACAUAGGUAUCUACGUAGCACUCGAGUGUACCACGUCCCAGAUGGUUGCUUCGUUUGCAGUCAAAAGCCAGCUCCACUUCUCGAAGUCGUUGGCUUCUCGCGUCGAAUCCGUGUUCUUCUUCUCCUUCGCCGCUAGUCGCCUCACCGCGAGCCUGAUUGCAAUCAAAGUUUCCGCCUUCUGGAUCCUAGUUUCAGCGCACGUCAUUCUCCUGCCCACGGCCGUGAUGCUUACGCUACUGGGUUCCAGCAGGUCCACGGUGCUCUGGCUCUCCAGCGCUCUCUUUGGUGUCGGACAAGGACCAAUCUACGCCGCUUUAAUAUCCUGGACGUCCGGGCAUAUCAGUCUAAACAACAAGAUGAUGUCUCUAGCUGUUGUCACCGAAGGCAUCGGAUCAAUGACGGCGCCGGUUAUUGUAGGCCAAUUUCUGGACAGUGACCCUAACGUGUUCCUUUAUGUCUGUCUUACGACUGUAGCGUUGUGUGCGGUUAUUUUCGCUUCUAUGUACAUCUACGUAAGAAGAGCGCGACGCCGAAGCGAUGACAAAGAACUGCUAGUAAACGAAGCUGAUAGCGAGCAUAACGACAGGUUUCAAUAGGCCUUGGAGGUUUGCCUCAACAUCUGUUAUGAUACCGCGACCUAAAGUGAACAACGAGUGGACCUUAAUUUUCGCAUCGAAUCGGCAAAGCAGUUUUGAAGCGACAAUAUAUGACAGCCUUGUAACGUCCGUUGCAAGCUAUUCAGCAGAUAUUUUAGCAGAAAGUGACGCGAACAUUCCCCAAAUACGGCAAUUCUAGAAGACUCUGCAACCAUUUAUAGACUUGCAUUCACGUAUGCGCGCCACUAGUGCUCUUCCUCUCCCCAUCCGUCUUUUUAUCCCUAUAUCUCGUUUGCUCUGUGUAGGGUAGCAAACGGCACGUUGGUGUGGUUAACCUCCCCAUCUUUCUUUUCUUUAUCCUCCUGCCUCUAGCUCUUUAGCGCCAAUACAGCGUUUGUGUAAAUAAAAUGUAAAUAAAAUCGUUGCUAGUGCGAGAAGGGAAGAUCUUCGGGCAGUAACUACAUUUGCACUUCGGCCUUAUUUUCUUUCCAGUCCAAGAUGAUCUUAUCAGAGCUGGCUGUAAUGCUGCGGUGGUAAGUAAAGGUAUACAACCUAAGAAGUCUUAUAAACGUGAGCCUCUCAUAAUAAUAACCAAUUUUCAGCAAAACGUCCUCAUUUUUCCCGCCUCCCGCUCAACCUUUUCCAGCGCGUCACUCUAACCUUAACGAAAUUGCUAUGUGCUCAUCGAAAGGUAACGAUACACGCGCAAGCCCUCUCCGCCUCACCAAUCAACCAACAUUCACAGAUUUGGAAUACGUUCCAGGUUCCAGUUUUGUCAUUAAAAAAUGUUAUGUAAUAAAAACAAUGGCUCGUAUGUUCUUACAAGCACGAAAAGUAAAGUCCUCGCUCAACACAGCGUCAUGCGUUGUCAUUUUCAUUUCACUUUUUCCUAGCUUCGAAAUGUAUUUUUGUGUUUUCUUUAUCACCAGCCACGAAAGCUGUACUGCCGCUUUUGUUCAGCCUUAGUGAAGUUAUAAGCUGAUUAUGACAUCCUCCACCGUAACUAAAUAUGUGCCUGUAUAAGUUUGCCACAUUCAAGUGUUAUCAAUACAGCAUGCAUACAGCAUACCUUUACCGUACCGCGUACCAGAAUGUGCAACGAGUUUGUAUCAGGUUGUAUAAUCUUUCAGUGGAUUGUAAGUAAUGCUUCGAACACUGGCAGUAGAGAAAAACUGGCUUUUUCGCCGAUAAUAUAUUUACUCGAACACGCGUAGGAAAUAUUGCAAUACUCAGCUACCAGACACUUAUCUGAAAUGUACUCAGAAAUUGAAUUAUGGAAGUAAGAGCAUAUGAUUUAAAUGGAGUAUUGAGGCCGGGAAGUGUUCAAGGUGGCUUCGCGCCUACGCCCGGCUGUGUGAUGAAACCCAUUAUAUCCUGGCUAGCUAGGAGAAGGGGGGGUCAGUAAAGGCAGGGAGGUUGACUACAAUUUCUUUAUGUGGCCACCAGAAAGAGACACAAUAGCAGAAAACAGGUUAAUGAGUUUGCAAUAGGUGAAGCGCCAAUAGUGACGGGCACAUAAUUCCUCUCCCUGUCUUUCCUCACCAGUAUUGGUGCUUCACCUAUUGAAAGCUAUGCACCAACUAGCCCCACAACGUGUUUUACUGCAGUAGGUUAAUGAGAGCGAAGUCGUUGAUUCCGAAGGGCAUGCGCACAUAUGUCGAAGCGCUGACUCGACGCUUGCAGGUGUUUUGUAUUUUCAGCAGCUGAAUCCAUCUCUUGUCGCCAGUUGAAACGUUGCUAUUGAUGCUUUCUGUACUCCUGUAUCAUUUUAUACGGUUUGCGUCAAAUAAAAAUCAAAUAAAAACUAA